AUGCUGUACGACAACUCUCGUUUCUUGGCGCUGUGCGUCAUCAUCCUCCUUGCCUCUGGCUACUCUUCUCUGAUCCUGCGCGUCUAUGUGCGGCUCAAGAAAAACGCUUGGGGCUGGGACGACACAGUUGCAGUCAUCUCCUCGGUCCCGUUCGCAUGGCUGUGCGCCGAAACCAUCAUUGCAGCCAACAAUGGGCUCGGCGCUCAUGCCGAGCACAUCACACCCGCCAUGCAGCUACAGGCCUACAAGGCUUUUGUUCUGUUCCAAGUCGCCUACUGCAUAUCCAUCAUCCUCAUCAAGAUCAGCAUCGCACUCACCUUUGUCCGCAUCAUGACCGACCAGACCAUCAUGCUAUGGGUCCUUAGAAUCACCAUUGCAAUCUUCGUAUCCGUUACUCUCUCCGUUGCUAUUUACUGCAUGUUCCAAUGCCGCCCCAUCGCUAAGAGUUGGGAUCCUACGAUCGAAGGAUACUGUGAACCCGCCAAUAUUCUCGCAUCCCUUAGCAUGACGGUUACCGUCUGCAGCAUCAUCAGCGAUCUCAUCAUCGCCGCGCUCCCGAUUCCCCUGCUCUGGAAUGUUCAGAUCAACAGAUCUGCCAAGUUUGCCGCCGGCUUCCUUCUCUCCCUCGGCUUGUUCGCGUGCAUUUGUGCCAUCGUUCGGCUUUCAUAUACCCUGGCAUUGAAUUCCACCGAAGAUUAUCUCUUCCAUGUCUACGGCGUGACGGUCUGGUGCUUUGCCGAAGUUGGCGUCGCAUUGACAGUUGGCUGCCUCAGCACACUCCGCCCGCUCUGCGUCUCAUGCCUCGGCGGCAGCAUGAAGAGCACAGGACGGCAGACGACGAGUUUCCGCAACGGCACCGGGUACGAACUACGGAGCAAGAACGGCGUCAUCCACUCUACCGUCGACCACGGCCAAGUGUCGUCGGGCGCCGUGGCGACGAGCGACGGCGGUGCCAGUUUCACCGACAACGAAAGCAACCGCAGCAUCCUCGGACCGUCGGAGAUUCGCGUGAUCAAACAGUACCAUGUGGAUAGCAGGUCGGCUGUAUAG